GUCCCAGAUACAGAUAAGACAGAGGACAAUGAACCAAAAGGGGCUCCAAGUGACAAGGAAGGGCAGGCACCAAGUGCCAAGGAAGGGCAGGCACCAAGUGACAAGGAAGGGGAGUCAGAUGACCAAGGCAACCAAGAGGAAGGAGCUGGUGGAGGAGUAGGAGACUGGCUGUCUAAGCUUCUGCAACAAUCACUUGGUAUUGGUGCGGAAAAACCAGAACAACUUUUGAAAACUGUGGAUUUUGAAGGGAUAGCAGAUUUCAUCAAAACUAAGAAAGACUGCAAAAUUAUUACCAUGGCUGGUGCCGGUAUUUCUACUUCAGCAGGCAUUCCCGAUUUCCGCAGCCCGGGAAGUGGCCUCUAUGAUAACCUACAGAAGUACAACCUUCCAGACCCACAGGCCAUUUUCAGCAUAGAUUUUUUCAAGGAAAGUCCUGAGCCAUUCUUUGAGCUAGCCAGAGAGUUAUUUCCUGGACAGUUCAAGCCAACUCCGUGUCACUACUUCAUCAAGAUGUUGGAUGACAAAGGGCUGUUACUGAGGCAUUAUACACAGAAUAUUGACACCCUUGAGAGAGUAUCAGGUUUAAAUGGUGACAAGAUAGUAGAGGCUCAUGGAACCUUUCACACCUCGCACUGUUUGGCCUGCGGGAAGGAGUAUUGUCUGGACUGGAUGAAAAAUGAAGUGUUCAAAGGAGGUGUCCCAAAGUGUGAUGUUGAGGGGUGUGAAGGCGUUGUCAAACCAGACAUUGUUUUCUUUGGAGAAGCGCUGCCGAAAAGAUUCUUUGAUUGUGUGAAAAAGGAUAUGAUGGAGUGUGAUUUGUUGAUCAUCAUGGGAACCUCCCUGGUCGUUCAACCAUUUGCCUCCCUCACAAGCAGAGUUCCUGACACAACACCAAGACUUUAUAUUAAUCGAGAGAAAUCUCCUCCGAUGGAUCCAUUCAUGGACCUUCUGAUGGGAGGAGGGUCAGACUUUAAUGCUGACAAGGAAGGCAAUUACAGGGAUGUGUUUUGGGAAGGCAGUUGUGAUGAUGGAGCUCAGGCAUUGGCUACAUUACUUGGCUGGGGUGAGGAGCUGAAGACUACAGUAAAAACUGAACAGGCGAGAAUUGACAAAGAGACUAAAGAUUCUUCAGCUGCCAAAAAGUCAUAGUUCAAAGAUUUUCCGGUAUUAGUACAGCUCAUUAAAGUAAUGGGUAAAACUGAGUUAAAAUACUCCUUCGUUUAAAGAGAGCCUGUACAUACUGUUAACAUUGCUGAGGUAUGGUAUAAAGCUAGAUUUUCCAGUGAAAAAAACAUGCUUAGGCCAAACCAAUUUAAUUUUGUUUUUCACAGGUGAGCCUACAUUAAUAAAACUAAUUUUGUCUGAUGUUUCUUAAUGAUUUUUCGAAUCAUGUAAAUAUAUCGUCAGCGGGAAAAAUUGCUGGGGUAGUCCACAUUUUACUGAAUUUAGAUGACUUAGGUGUUUUAUUUGAAUUUUAAUACUUUCCAACAUUGAACAGUGAUUUAUUAUGCCUGUAAAACAACAAUUAAAUUGAUGU